AUGCACCACCUCUCUCAGUCGUCUUCUGCUGCUCUCCGCCGUGCUGCCGUCAAGGCUGCGAGGCCUUCGCUCGCGCGCGGCGCGCACAAGGAGCUCAAGUUUUCCAACGAGGGUCGUGCCAGCAUUCUGAAGGGUGUUGACAUCCUCGCCGACGCUGUCAGCGUGACCCUUGGUCCUAAGGGACGGAAUGUGAUCAUCGAGCAGUCCUUCGGUGGUCCGAAGAUCACGAAAGACGGGGUCACUGUCGCAAAGUCAAUAUCCCUACAGGACAAGUUUGAAAACCUUGGUGCUCGAUUGGUCCAGGAUGUUGCUCAGAAGACUAAUGAGAUUGCUGGUGAUGGUACUACCACCGCUACCGUUCUUGCGCGGGCCAUCUACUCUGAGGGUGUCAAGAACGUCGCAGCUGGUUGUAAUCCCAUGGAUCUUCGCCGCGGUUCUCAGGCUGCGGUUGACCGCGUAGUCGAGUUCCUUGCCUCGCAUACGAAGACCAUCACGACUACCGCUGAGAUUGCUCAGGUCGCUACGAUCUCUGCAAAUGGUGAUGUCCACGUCGGCAACCUUAUUGCCCAGGCUAUGGAGAAAGUCGGCAAGGAGGGUGUUAUCACCGUGAAAGAGGGUCGCACGAUUGAGGACGAGAUUGAGAUCACGGAGGGCAUGCGCUUCGACCGUGGUUUCAUCAGUCCCUACUUCGUCACCGACGUCAAGUCGCAGAAGGUUGAGUUUGAAAAGCCUUUGGUCCUUCUUUCCGAGAAGAAGAUCAGUGCCAUUCAAGACAUUCUUCCUGCGCUUGAAGCAUCCGCUCAGGCAAGGCGUCCUCUCGUCAUUAUCGCGGAGGAUGUAGAUGGGGAAGCCCUCGCUGCCUGCAUUCUUAACAAGCUCCGAGGACAACUCCAGGUAUGCGCUGUCAAGGCGCCCGGGUUUGGUGACAACCGCAAGUCUAUCCUCGGUGAUCUUGCGAUCCUCACUGGUGGUACCGUUAUCACCGACGAACUCGACAUCAAGCUUGCGAACUUGACUGCCGACAUGCUUGGCUCCUCCGGUUCUAUUACUAUUACCAAGGAGGACACCAUCCUCCUGAAUGGCGAGGGUUCCAAGGACGCCAUCCAGCAGCGAUGCGAGCAGAUCAGAAGUCUUGUUGCUGACAAGACUACGAGCGAGUACGACCGUACGAAGUUGCAGGAGCGUCUUGCCAAGCUCAGCGGUGGUGUUGCAGUUAUUAAGGUCGGUGGCAGCAGUGAGGUUGAGGUCGGAGAGAAGAAGGACCGUUACGACGAUGCUCUCAAUGCGACCCGUGCUGCUGUCGAAGAGGGUAUCUUGCCCGGAGGUGGUGUUGCUCUGCUGAAGGCGUCACUUGCGCUCGCGUCGAAUGCGCCGGGCACGUCGAGCUCCGCGUCGUCGUCGACAUCUCCGGACGCGAAGCCGAUCACCACUGCGAACUUCGACCAGGACCUCGGUGUAUCGAUCAUCAAGCGCGCGCUGACGUACCCCGCGCGGACGAUCCUUAAGAACGCUGGCGAGGAGUCGUCGGUGAUCGUUGGUACGCUCGUCGCUAACUAUGGCGCACCGGACAAGUUCGCGUGGGGAUACGACGCAAGCAAGGGCGAGUAUGUUGACAUGAUCAAGGCUGGUAUCGUCGACCCGCUUAAAGUCGUGCGCACUGCCCUUGUCGACGCGGCCGGUGUUGCGAGUUUGCUCACGACAAGCGAGGCUUGUGUAGUUGAAGCGGAGGAGAAGGAGAAGCCAGGUGCCGGUGCGGGCAUGGGCGGUAUGGGUGGAAUGGGGGGCAUGGGGGGCAUGGGCUUCUAG